GCUGCAGGUCGUUUUACCUGCAGUGAAAAUUUUGGAUAGGUAUUUCUAAUUACAAAAAAAUAUCUUCACUGAUUUUCAUAUGAUAUGAAAAUUAUUGGAAAAACUACAGUGACCUGUUUAAAUAUAAUGUAUAAGUAGGCGGUUUGAAUAAAGUCAUGUCCGAAGAACAUGACGUCGAUUGUGCGAUCAGUGAGAAACAACAUGAAAAUGAACACAAAACAGAGAAUAGUGAAGUUGUGAAUGAAUACGUACCAGAGGAGCCAAAAGAAGUACGCACUGAGGACUUUGUCAAUGCUAUUGAUACAAAUACAGAAAGUGCCACAAAUAAUAAAAAUAUUAGUGAAAAAGAUGGAAAAAUAAGCGAAUGCAGUGCCAAUGAUAAAAUUAAAAGUAAUCUUAGAUGGACUCUGGAUGGGAAUGAAUUUAAAAUAUCAUGGAGUCUUCCGGAGGAAUUGUCAACAACACAGGACUAUAUCGCAUUAUGUUAUGCAGGUAAAUGCUGUUCGUUAUAUUCAUCACGAUCAGUGAAGGUCGUUCCGGUCACAUCAUUAAUCAGAGUCUUAGCAAGUAAAUUGUAA